AUGGGCUCCGGGCCGCGCGGGGCGCUGAGCCUAAUGCUUCUGCUGCUCGCGCCGCCGGGCCGCCCGGCCGCUGGCUGCCCAGACCCGUGUCGCUGCGCGGGGACGCGCGUGGACUGCGGGCGCCGCGGGCUGACGUGGGCUUCGCUGCCGGCCGCCUUCCCGCCGGACACGACCGAACUGGUGCUGACGGGCAACAACCUGACGGCGUUGCCACCGGGGCUCCUGGACGCGCUGCCGGUGCUGCGUGCCGUGCACCUGGGCGCCAACCCCUGGCGCUGCGACUGCCACCUGGUGCCGCUGCGCGCCUGGCUGGCCGGCCGGCUGGAGCGCGAGCCCUACCGCGACCUGCACUGCGCCGCGCCCCCCGCGCUACGGGGCCGCCUGCUGUCCUACCUGGCGGAGGAGGAGCUGCGCGCCGCCUGCCCGCCUGGCGCGCUCUGCCGCGGGGCGCUGGCGGCGCAGCUCCUGCUACUCUGCCUCGGGCUGCUGCACGCGCUGCUGCUGGCGCUGCUGCUGUGCCGCCUGCGGAGGCUGCGCGCCCGCGCCGCACGCCGGUGGCCGCUGACUACCCCGCUGGCGGCGGAGCCCGCGACCCCCGAGCCGAGCGACUGGCGCUGAGCCAUGCGACCGGCCCACUGACCGCCCCCGCUCCGGCCGCGUCCUCCGCCCACACGAUCUCCCAGACGCGCCCCCCCGCGGCCGCGCGCAGGGGCCCCACUGCUGCGCGCGCACCGCUGGCGACACGCACGCACCCCCUGGACCUGGAUGCCGAGGCGGGCCCGGGGCGAGCCGCUGC